GCGGGAAAUGGCAUCGGUUCAUUCUCCACGGAAUUUUCUCGCUUUCUCUCACUCUCUCUCUAGAAUCUCGGUUACUUUCUCUUUAUAAAAUUUUGUAAGUCUAUAACAGAUCGGUUCGAUGACGGUUUAUGAUUCUCAAGAAAUAUUGCUUAAUUGUAGUCGUAAAGGGUUAGUAAACCCUGCUAGAAUCUCUGAAACUGCUCCGCCCGAAGUCCCAUUUCUCUCUUGUUUUGCUUCUCAAAAUUCUGAUUUGAUAGGUUUCGGAUUCGAUUAGUUUCGAUCUUUCGGGUCCGGGAUGGCCAAUCAAGGGUUUCAUGGAGGGGAGAAGAAGAGGGGGUUUGGGGAUGGUGGUCGGAGUUGGAAUGACGAGAAUGGUGGUGGUUUUUAUUUUGAUCAUCAUGAUUUGAGUGCGAAAAGGGCUAGGGUUUUUGGUUUGGGAGAUGGAGUCGAAGAAGAGGAGGGAGUUGAGAAUUUGGGAGGGGGUGGAGUGGGAAUUGAAGAGAGAGAAUGGGGAAUUGGGGCGAUGGUUGUGGACGAGGACUUAGAGGGAAACAAGGAGUGGGGACUUGAUCUUAAUAUUUUUCCUACUGGGACGAGUGCGAUUGACACAUUUUUUCGACAUGAGACUCGGUUUGGAAAGGGGAUUGCCGAGGAAAGAGAAGAAUUGCCGGGAUCGAAUUGGGUUGAGAUUGAGGAAGGUGUGGGUUUUAGAUACACAAGGGAAGAGAAGGGAAAAGGAAAAGCUGUUGAUCAUCCAAUGUUAAAUGCCAAUAGGCAAAAGGAAAAAGAAAUAUGGUUUGGUAAUGGGGUGAGUAUUGGAAGAACUGAAAAUGAGGGAGGAAAGAAUGAUAUGGGCGGAGUAGUUGCUGAGGAUUUCGUAAUGAUGCCACCUGAGCCAAUGGGACUCGAUUCUGAAGCCCACAAGGGCAUGGUUUCCGGUAUUAGUGAGCUGAAGGACUUUAACCAAAGUAGAGAAAAUACGGAGCCAACAGAUACUUUGAUGUCAUUGAGGCAAAGGGCAUUGUUUGUGGCCAUUGCAAAUGCAGCAAAAAGAAGGGAGAAUGCAGUGAGGUACCGUCAAAUAGCUAGAAGAUCUGUGCCACAGCUAGCACAUUUUGAUCCUGAGGAAGCGGAGCGCUAUGCUGUGUAUAUUAGCAAGAAAGCGCAAAAGCCAUCUGUUAACAAGAAGGCUGAAGAUUUUGAGGGUCCCUUCUAUGAGGCAAUGGAGAUGAUCAACAAACGAAAAUUGGUUGCUGAAAAGAACUCCACGCCGCUGAUUGGAUGGGUGCCCUCAACUCAGGGCCAUACUAUCACAAAGCGCUUAGUUCCUUCUCUUGUGGAUGUAUCUGUGGAUGCCCUUGCCAAAAAUUCUGAUGCAAUAGUUUCACUUGAACUUAUCCCAGAUGUGCUGAGGCACAAAAUUAGUCGAGCCAUUUGUAGAGGUCGGAGAAUGAAUGCUCAUUUCAUGGAACUUCUUCUGAGGGGGUCUCCGACUGAGAUACGUCUAGAUGACUGUUCAUGGAUGACUGAAGAACAGUUCACCAAUCUCUUUAGACGCUGCAAGACUAAGAACUUGACUGUGAUACAACUUGAUCUAUGUGGGCGAUGCAUGACUCUCAGCACAUUGCUAGGCACCAUAGCUCGGUCUUCAAAUUGUCUGCCUGCUUUAUCUACAAUGUCUCUGAGGGGUGCAUGUCGGUUAUUGAAUGAAGGGAUAGGUGUACUUGUUACAUCAGCGCGUAGACUGCAGUCUCUAAAUUUGGGCCAGUGCUCUCUUCUCACCCAUUCUUCCAUCAAUGUUGUGGCUGAAGUGUUGGGACAUACAUUGAAGGAGCUAUUUAUAGAUGAUUGCCAAAACAUCAAUGCAAUGCUUAUCUUGCCUGCUUUGAAACGGUUGGAAUGUUUAGAAGUAUUGUCAGUUGCAGGCAUUCAGACAGUCUGUGAUGAUUUUAUUUCUGAAAUAGUCACUGCUCUUGGUUCAAAUAUGAAGGAACUUGUAUUGGCCAAUUGCUUCAAAAUAACCGAUGAUUCAUUGGAAGCAAUAGGACGCACUUGUUCCAGUCUCUCUGCCAUUGACCUUUCCAACUUGGAUCUAUUGACAGACUCAGCACUACAUUAUCUCACCAAUGGUUGUCGGUCAAUCCAAACACUUAGACUUUGCCGGAACAACUUCAGUGAUGAAGCUAUAGCCGCAUUCUUGGAAACUUCUGGACAGUCUCUGAAACAUCUCUCUCUGAAUCAUUCCAGUAAGGUUGGGGACAGCACCGCUGUGUCUCUUACCAAGUGUUGGAGAACUCUAUUGACUUUGGAUUUAUCUUGGUGUCGAAAUUUAAAAGAUGAGGCAUUUGGGCUGAUUGUGGACAGCUGCUCGUCACUGAGGUUGCUUAAGCUCUUUGGAUGUACACAGAUUACCCAUAGAUUUGUCCAUGGCCACUCAAACGCUCGUGUUCAGAUCAUUGGAUUAAGUGGGCCUAAUAAGGUCUUGGGACACCUUGACCUCAUUGAACCUCAACAAUCUCCAUUGCGCUAUUCCCCAGUGACAAAUAGACCCUGAUUCUUGAAGUUUGGAAACACUCAGCUACCUGAUGUUUUCUGAUUCAUCGCUUGGCAUCUCCCAGCUGAUCAGGAAAAUACCUUUGGUCAUUGAUUUCCUUGCACCAAUGUCAUUCUUAGUAUUUAAUAGUAAAUUUCACCCACCAUAUUUUGACAGCAGAAUAGAGGAUAUGGACACCAUACUGAACUGUUCUUGGAAAUUCAUACAAAAUUGGAAGUGUGUUUUCAGAGGUAUGUAAUCAAUUCCUGUUGCAUUUUUCCUGAGAAUGUGUUCAGACAUUAUGCAUCUGAGAAGUGUAUAGUAUGGAUGGGAUAUUGAAUAAUUUGCAUGAUUAGAUUGAAUAAAUCAAAUUUCUUCCAUUUUAA